UUGCACUUUACUUGUCAAGCUGGGCGAUUGCAGAUUAGGUUUAUGCAGUCAAAAUGAUUUUGUGGGCUUGUGUUCUGCUGAGCUUGGCUUUUCGCCCUGCAUCAUUGAUGCAAUCACCAGAUGUAAUUGGAACGGAAGUCAUUAAUGACGAACAGAAGGACAUUUCUGAAAUAAACAAAGGUUUAAAUCUUCUGGAGGGAGACAUCAUGGUGUCAAGGGAAAAGAGUUCAAUUCUGGGAAUUGAAUCCCUGUGGAAACUCCCUGUGCCCUACGUGCUGAAUUCAAAUCUGAGUAUGAACUAUAGAGGAGUUAUACUGAGGGCAUUUGAGCAGUUCAGACUCAAAACAUGUAUUGACUUUAAGCCCAGGACAACAGAAGAGUUUUACAUUUCUGUGGAGAAGCGUGAAGGGUGCUGGUCAUAUAUCGGGCGAUUGUAUGCCCAGGGUCAGGCGGUUUCUAUUGGACACGGCUGUGGAUUUCUAGCGAUCGUUGAGCACGAGUUUCUUCAUGCGCUGGGAUUUUUCCACGAGCAAUCAAGAUAUGACCGAGAUAAUUAUGUGACAAUAAAAUAUGAAAACAUCAUAACAGAAUUUUUGAACAAUUUCAAUAAAGUCUAUGAGAACGUGAGUGCCGUUCAAGGCACCCCGUAUGAUUACUUGUCUGUGAUGCAUUACGGUAAAAGUGAGUUCAGCAACGGUCGUGGAUCCACAGUCAUCACCAAACGGCCUGAGUUUCAAGAUGUGAUUGGUCAGCGUGUGGAAAUGAGUGAAUAUGAUGCUUUUGAGCUCAAUGGGCUCUAUAAAUGCAACUCAUCCACCUCGUUCCUGAGCCGCUGUGGUUUUGAUGACAAAUCCCUUUGUCAGAUGCAGGUCUGUUCCACUACUAAAAGUGGAUGGCAGACAGUGAGUUCAGUGGUCGGAGUCAACGUGACCGACCACACCUACUUGGGCAAAGAGUCGAAUGGAACGUCUUUUUUCAUGCACUUCAGUGCCGAGGGCAGAAACGAGAGCGAGUCGGCUCGACUGGAGAGCACUAAAAUGACCCCGACCAGAGAUUGCAAAGUUCAAUGCCUGCAGUUCUAUUACUAUCACAGCAGCAAUGAGUUUGACCAGCUCAACAUCUGGAUCAGGGAAUAUCAGGACAAAACAGACACCAGGGGAACUUUGAAAAUUAUGGAUCAGAUCACAGGACCCCCUGAUAACCACUGGCUGCUGCACCACGUGCCGCUAAACGCCAAUAAGACCUUCCAGCUCGAGUUUGAGGCUCGUAAAGGAGCUGGGAAGUCCAGCGGAGGAUUUUCGUUGGACGAUAUCAAUGUUUCACAGACCGAGUGCCCCCAAAUAUGGCAGAUAAGGAAUUUUGAGAAGCUCAUGAACGACACACCGAUCGGUUCUUACGUAUACAGUCCGCUGUACUACUCUAGUGAAGGUUAUCGCUAUCAGGUUUUCUUGAGAAAAUUGGCCAGCUACUACGCUAUGUCUUUUCGUCUGGUAUCCGGUGCGUUCGAUGGCCAGCUGCAGUGGCCCUGUCCGUGGAGACAAGUGACCUUUCAGAUUUUCGAUCAGAAUCCAAACAUGCAAAAGCGCAUGUCUUACGAGGAAAGCGUCACCACUGACCCGACUUUGAUUUCAGGUGGCAGGUACGUCUGGGACAAUCCUCAAUAUAGUGGAAAUCUAACCAUUAUUGGUAAUGAGAGCGUAUUUGUAGGUCCUCAUGUGGCCAUUGCUAUCAACAAAGACAUCCUCUAUGGAAUAAACUUUGAGUUCAUCAAAGGUGGUGAUGUCAUCGUUCUCAUUAGCAUGCAAGAUAUGUCAGGGCUUCUUCAGACAAAUUCUGUAGCAUGCCCAAAAGUGAAAGUGAAAAAUAUCAACGCUACUCCUAGUGAAAGUGCCAAACAGGGACCAUGUUUUUCAAGUUCCACUCUUCUGUCCUCUCUGAACUGCAUGCUGGGUUUGUGCCUUUUGCUGCUGAGCUUUUUGUGAGAUAAACUGUUGUUACCGCAUCUGUGUGCAGUCUUAUCUAUUUAUUCUCUACAUUGCUUAUACCUACUGUACAUGUGCCGUGGGAACAGCUGGAGCCUCCUUUUGUUGUAUGAUUGCUUUAUAGCACCUUACUAUAAUAAAUUGGUGUUUAGUUAAAUAAAUGCAUUUUUAAAUCUUAA